AUGUGUACUACCCUGGUCCCAAUCCCAACAAGUGCUGUGAGAAGCCUGAUUGUUCCAAACGCUCUGAAAUUAUCAGACAAUGGAGAGUAUAAGCUGGUAUUGGUUGUGCGACAAGACCUUAAGAUGGGAAAAGGGAAAGCCGCAGCACAAUGUUGUCAUGCUGCCGUUCAUGCCUCAGAAUUUGUGGCCAGAAGUAAACCAGUACUAUUCAACAAAUGGAAAAUGACAGGUCAACCCAAGGUUGUGGUCAAGGCCGACUCGGAGCGAAUGCUUAUAGAUUUAGCUAAGAAAGCAAGGUCCCUAGGACUAAAUGCCAUUCUGAUACAAGAUGCUGGUAGAACACAGAUUGCUCCAGGAUCCAAAACUGUGUUAGGUGUAGGACCAGGACCUGAAAACUUGGUAAAUGAGGUCACAGGUCAUUUAAAGCUUUGCUGAUUCCCUCAGUCUGAAACACAACAUCAUGGUUUUUGUUAUUGUUGAAAAUAAACUAAAGAUUAUAAAGUAA